AUGAAAUACUUGGGCCUCACCAUCGACAGUCAAUGGACGCUCGGGCCUCACUUCAAGCUCCUGGUUCCCAAAGUGACGACAACAGCCAACGCUCUAUGUAGACUGCUGCCGAAUACCGGUGGGGCCGAAGUAGGAGUGCGCCGACUGCUUCAUAGGACGACCGCCAUCAGGAUCGUAAGGGCAUACCGGACGAUACCAUAUGCGUCGGCGACUGCCCUGGCAGCGUCUCUUCCGUUCGAGCUCCAGGCCCUAGCGCUCCGACGGGUGUACCAUCAACUGCAGGGCCUGCGCUCAGGCGGGGAUACGCCCUCUGCCGGCCGGUUGGUCCGCGAGGUCCGGGGGGAGGCAAGGCUCGAGACCUGGGAACGGUGGCGCAUUCAGCUCGCCGCCGAGGAUACGGUACGGCCUCAUCGGGCUGUUGGAGCUGUUCUACCGAACUGGGAGGCCUGGAGAGAUCGUGACGGGCUCCCGCUGACGUACAGGAUGACGCAGGUGCUCACCGGGCAUGAAGCAUUCGGGGAGUUCCUGCUCAAGGAUUAG